AUGGCUCUGUUUAUCAAAAUGUAUAGUGUAACAUGCUUGGCAUUGCUGUCAUUACUUGUAAGUCAAAAUGUAGAUGCAGCAGCAGUCAUAUCCAUUGAUUUAGGAUCAGAAUGGAUGAAAAUCGGUAUUGUGUCACCUGGGGUUCCGAUGGAGAUAGUGCUUAACAAAGAGUCAAAAAGAAAAACUCCAGCUGUUGUUGCGUUUAGAGACGAUGUAAGGACAUUUGGAGAAGAUGCUGUUACAGUAGGUGUACGGUUCCCGAAGAAUUCUUAUAAAUAUCUGUUGGACCUUCUAGGCAAGCCAUAUGAUCAUCCGCUGGUACAAGCAUUCAAGGAGAGAUUCCCAUACUAUGAAAUACUACCAACAGACAGAGGUACUCCAGAGUUUGUGCAUGACGAUAAUACUAAGUACACACCUGAAGAGCUUGUUGCACAGUUAUUGGCUAAAGCUAAAGAAUUUGCGGAGAUUAGUCAUGGUCAACAGAUUACUGAAUGUGUGAUCACAAUUCCUGGUUAUUUCAACCAAGUCGAGCGCAGAGCUAUGAAGGAGGCUGCAGCACUCGCUGGUCUUAAUGUGUUACAAUUGAUCAAUGAUUAUACAGCUAUUGCAAUAAAUUAUGGCAUAUUUAGGAGGAAGGAAAUUAAUGACACCCCAUGGUAUACGGUUUUCUUCGAUAUGGGUGCAGUUUCCACUAAGGCUGCCCUUGUUGAAUACAAAACUGUCAAGAUAAAGGAUAAAGGCUAUGUUGAGACUGUUCCGCAGUUGCAGGUUAUUGGUGUUGGAUAUGACAGAACCCUUGGAGGAUUAGAAAUGACAUUACGUCUUCGAGAACAUCUUAUUAAAGCUUGGGAGGCCAGUGGUGGUGGUGAUGUUAGGUCCUCGCCCCGCGCUAUGGAGAAAUUGCUCCGAGAAGCUGAGAGAGUGAAAAUAGUUUUAUCUGCCAACACAGAACACUAUGCGCAGAUAGAGAGCUUGCUGGAUGAUAAAGAUUUCAAACACUUAGUAACCCGUGCAGACUUAGAAGCUCUAUGUUCGGACCUGUUCUCCCGAGUAAGCCAGGUCAUCCAACGGGCAAUAGCGGCGGCUUCAGGAGUCGGGGUUGGAGCCCGCCUGGUGGUGGCAGGUGGUGCGUCGCGCGUGCCCGCCGUGCAGGACGUGCUGAAGACCACCAGUGGCCUCGAGCUGUCCAGGUCCAUCAAUGCUGAUGAGGCCGCUACUAUGGGAGCUGUUUAUAGGGCGGCGUCUCUGGCUACUGGCUACAAGGUGGCGGCACUCAACGUCCGCGACGCGGUCGUGCUUCCCAUACAAGUUGUAUUCACUCGACACGUCGAUGGCACUGAAAAAUUGAUUAAGAGGACUCUUUUUGGACCGAUGAACCCUUACCCACAAAAGAAAGUUAUCACAUUCAACAAACACACGGACGAUUUCAGUUUUAACGUCAAUUACGCCGAGUUGGACCAUAUUCCGUCAAGCGAACUGAUGAGCAUUGGAUCUUUAAAUUUAACACAAGUAGUGUUAUCUGGAGUUAGUGAGGCCUUAGCAAAGAAUUCAGGAGAAAAUAUUGAACACAAAGGCAUUAAAGCACACUUCAACAUGGACGAUUCUGGUCUUCUCCAUUUACUUAAUGUGGAAUUUGUCGCUGAAAAGACAGUCACUGAUGAGGACGAAGACAAAGAUAGCACCUUGUCGAAAAUAGGUAGCACUAUCAGCAAAUUGUUCAGUUCAGACUCUGAAUUACCUGAUAAACCAGAAGAGAAGGCAGAAGAAAAACCAAAAGAGACUGUGAAGAAUGAAACUACCAAAAAUGAUACAACUACGGAAAAACAAAACGCAACUGAGCCUGAAACUAAGCCAAAGCCUAAGAUAGUUGUAUUAAAAGAACCAAUUCAAACAGAUGAACAGAUAUUAACACUUUUACCACUAACUCCAGAAGAAUUCAAAGCCUCUAAAACAAAGAUAACCCAAUUAAAUAAUAUUGAUAAGAAACGAGUGGAGAGGGAGACGGCGUUGAACAAUCUAGAAGCUUUCGUAGUUGAUGCCCAAAUGAAAAUGAACAUGGAUGAAUAUGCUGAAUGUGGUACACCGGAGCAAAUUGAGGAGAUCAUAAAGAUUUGCUCUGAAAUAUCCGACUGGCUCUAUGAAGAUGGUUAUGAUGCAGAGACAGAAAUGUACGAAGAGAAAUUGAAGUUGCUCAAAGAAAAGUCUAACCCUAUAUUUUACAAACACUGGGAGCAUAAAGAACGACCAGACGCUAUAAAUGCAGUACGAAACCUACUCAAUAGUUCCCGGGAGUUCCUAAAAAUGUCCAAAAACUUCACUAAAGAAGCAAAUUCUGAAAGAGAUGUUUUUACUGAAGUGGAAAUAACUGUUCUCGAAAAGAAAAUUGAGGAAACCCAAUUGUGGUUAGAUAAGUCUAUUGAAGAGCAGAAUGAAUUGAAAAAGAAUGAAGACAUCAAACUUACAGUGGAAAGUAUCAGGGAAAAAAUAACGAAUUUGGAUAGAGAGGUUAAAUAUUUGCUAAAUAAAAUGAAAAUUUGGAAGCCCAAGAAGCCGGCUAAGAAAGAAGAAAACAAAACGGAAACUAUAGAAGCAAAGGAAGAAGUGAAGCCUGUCACUGAAGAAGUUGAAGAAGAGAAUGAGAAUGGAAAGGCUGAAGCUGUUGAAACUGAAGAAACAACAGAAAUACCACAGCUAGAAGAAAAUGUUGAACAUUCCGAAUUA